AUGAGCGCAAAUGUGACCGAUAAACGGGAGCAAAUAUCAUUUGAUAAACCAUCUUGGUCCAAUUCAUUUACUGUAAGCAGUAUUCUGGUAGGAAAUAACGAAGGAAAAGACGAAAUAGAUGCGUUAAAGCAUAUAGCAGAAGCAACAACUAUGACACAAAACCAACCGAGAACAGCAAAUCUGAAGGGAACAACAAAUUUAUCGGUACUACCAUAUACGGUGCCACAACAAAUUUUAGCUAUACAAAAUUGCAUAAAUGAAAUGGUACAAACAACGGGACCUUCAAAUGUUCGUACACCUUUCAAAAGUCUCCCAGGAUAUGCCAUAACAAGCAAUGGGUUAUUGAUCGCAUCAGAUGGACGAGCAAUGCCGCCUGCAAUCUACAAUUGCUUUGGUAUACCAAGGCAACCAUUAGUUUCAAUGAAUCCAAAUCAAGAAGAAGACAAUAAUUUAUGCGCAAUAUGUGGUGAUAAAGCUUCAGGGAAUCAUUACAGUGUACCAAGCUGUGAAGGAUGCAAAGGUUUCUUCCGAAGAACUAUCCAGAAGAAAAUAGAAUAUAUAUGCUACAAACAAGGCAAUUGUAUAAUAGAUCAGAAAAAUCGGAAUAGAUGUCAAAGUUGUCGAUUUAAAAAAUGCCUUCAGUUAGGCAUGCGUCAAGAAUCGGUACGUUUGGAUCGCAAUCGACGACGGAAAAAAGAUGAAAACAGAGAUAAAGAAAUGGAGGAGAUCGAAGAAAUGAAAAAGUUAAAAGCUAUUGUUGUUAGUGCCUAUCGUGAAGCAUUCCCAACGGGGUUAGUCAUCGAUAACCGAAGCGAAGCUGUAGAAAGGAUCCAUAUGUUUCUGAAUAAUAUCCCGAUGAUGAACGAAAUUAAUGAGAAAGAUCGGGAAAAAGUCAUUGAAAAUUGUGUUUAUGCAGCGCUGACUUUGCGCACUUUUUUCACAACUGAAAACUACGAAGCGAUUGUGGGCGUUAAAAGCGAAGCAUUAGCUCAAUGCUUGAAUGGAUUGGGAUUUGAAGUUAAGGAGGAAGAGAUGGCAAUUCUGACAGCGUUUUGUGCAUUGCAAAAUUGCAUUGGAAUGGUUGAUAAUGAGAAAAUUCAAAAUAUUGGUGCCAAGUUGUGUAACUGCCUUCGAAUUCAUUUGACAGGUUUUUGCGAAGCAGUGAACGAAAUUAUUUGCAAAUGCAUCAUGAGUGUAACGGCGUUGAUGUUAAUGCAGACUAAUACUUAA